UCUCUCCCCGCUCGUCUCCCCCUCCCAACCGCGGGUCCGCGCUUAGGUGCCCCAAGCGCUGGCGGAGAGGCUCAGUCUGAGCGCCGGACCGGCCGGAGUCCGGGGCGCACGCGUCCCCCGAGUUCCUCCUCGCCGCCCCUUUUGCGGAGAGGCCGAGACUCCGCGCGUCGCCAUUUCUGGACUAGGCGGCUGCUUUCCGUGCCUUUUCUGCGGGAACCUCUGCGAGGCUGGACGCCUGGUAGUGACCCCCAAGCGGAGCUCCCGGGGCUCCGGCCUCGCUCCUGGUGGAUUGCUCACCGGGAUACUGGAGGCGUUCGUUUGCAGUUGGGCCAGGGAGGGACGGGACCGGAGGGGCUCAGGAGAUGAGAGCCCGGCCUUGGCGGCCUUCAUCUUCCAGAGAGGAGGCUCAGAUGAGCCCCUGCUGACUUGAGAGAGACCAAGCCGAUUGCUGAGGGGAACUGGAAGAAGAAAAAGGAGGAAACAAAACAAAACAAAACCCAAACUCAGCCAGACGCUCUCCCUCACCAUGAGUAGCCCCGUGUUAGUGACUCUCCUUCCAGAUCCUAGCAGCAGCUUCCGCGAGGAUGCUCCACGGCCUCCGGUUCCGGGAGAAGAAGGGGAGACCCCACCGUGCCAGCCCAGUGUGGGCAAGGGACAGUCCACCAAACCUAUGCCUGUUUCCUCCAGUGCUAGACGGAAUGAAGAUGGGUUGGGGGAGCCCGAGGGGCGGGCCUCCCCUGACUCCCCUCUGACCAGGUGGACCAAGUCUUUGCACUCCUUGUUGGGCGACCAGGAUGGCGCUUACCUCUUCCGGACUUUCCUGGAGAGGGAGAAAUGUGUGGAUACUCUGGACUUCUGGUUUGCCUGUAAUGGAUUCAGGCAGAUGAACUUGAAGGAUACCAAAACCCUGCGAGUAGCCAAAGCAAUCUAUAAGAGGUACAUUGAAAACAACAGCAUUGUCUCCAAGCAGCUGAAACCUGCCACCAAGACCUACAUACGAGAUGGCAUCAAGAAGCAACAGAUCGACUCCAUCAUGUUUGACCAGGCGCAGACUGAGAUCCAGGCUGUGAUGGAGGAAAAUGCCUACCAGAUGUUUUUGACUUCUGACAUAUACCUCGAAUAUGUGAGGAGUGGGGGAGAAAACACAGCUUACAUGAGUAAUGGGGAACUGAGCCUAAAGGUCAUAUGUGGCUACCUCCCCACCUUGAAUGAAGAAGAGGAGUGGACUUGUGCUGACUUGAAGUGCAAACUUUCGCCCACUGUGGUUGGCUUGUCCAGCAGAACUCUGCGGGCCACAGCGAGUGUGAGAUCCGCGGAAAUGGUUGAAAACGGAUUCAGAUCCUUCAAGAGAAGCGACCCGGUGAAUCCUUACCAUGUAGGUUCGGGCUAUGUCUUUGCACCAGCCACCAGUGCCAAUGACAGUGAGAUAUCCAGCGACGCGUUGACCGAUGAUUCCAUGUCCAUGACUGACAGUAGUGUAGAUGGAAUCCCUCCUUAUCGCAUGGGGAGUAAGAAACAACUCCAGAGAGAGAUGCAUCGCAGUGUGAAGGCCAAUGGCCAGGUGUCUCUACCUCAUUUUCCGAGAACCCACCGUCUACCCAAGGAGAUGGCGCCCGUGGAACCCGCUGCCUUCGCCGCCGAGCUCAUCUCCAGGCUGGAGAAGCUGAGGCUGGAGCUGGAAAGCCGUCACAGCCUUGAGGAGCGGCUGCAGCAGAUCCGGGAGGAUGAAGAAAAGGAGGGAUCUGAGCCAGCACUGAGCUCACGGGAGGGAGCAUCGGCCCAGCACCCCCUGGCCCUCCUACCCUCUGGCAGCUAUGAAGAAGACCCACAGACCAUCCUGGACGACCACCUGUCUAGGGUCCUCAAGACCCCUGGCUGCCAGUCACCUGGUGUGGGCCGCUACAGCCCACGUUCCCGCUCCCCUGACCACCACCGCCGCCACCAGCAGUACCACCCCCUCCUCCCCGUUGGGGGCAAGCUGCCUCCUGUGGUUGCUUGCCCACUCCUCGGAGGCAAGAGCUUCCUGACCAAGCAGACUACAAAGCAUGUUCACCACCACUACAUCCAUCACCAUGCUGUCCCCAAGACCAAGGAGGAGAUUGAGGCAGAAGCCACACAAAGGGUGCGCUGCCUCUGCCCUGCGGGCACGGAGUAUUACUGUUACUCCAAAUGCAAGAGCCACCCCAAGGCUCCAGAGCCCCUGCCUGGAGAGCAGUUUUGUGGCGGCAGAGGCAGUACCUUGCCCAAACGGAACACGAAAGGCACAGAACCAGGUCUGGUACUGCCGGCCAGGGAAGGAGGGAUGUCCAGUGGAGCAGGGGCCCCUCAGCUUCCUGGGGAGGAAGGAGACCGUUCGCAGGAUGUCUGGCAGUGGAUGCUGGAGAGUGAGCGGCAGAGCAAGUCCAAGCCCCAUAGUGCCCAAAGCAUAAGAAAGAGCUACCCAUUGGAGUCUGCCCGCACAUCCCCAGGCGAACGAGUCAGCCGGCACCAUCUGUUGGGGGCCAAUGGACACCCCCGCUCGGUGGCCCGGGCUCACCCGUUUACCCAGGACCCUGCCAUGCCUCCCCUAACCCCACCCAACACUUUGGCACAGCUGGAGGAAGCCUGCCGCAGGCUGGCAGAGGUGUCAAAGCCCCCAAAGCAGCGGUGCUGUGUGGCCAGUCAGCAGAGGGACAGGAACCACUCAGCCACUGGUCAGGCGGGAGCCACGCCCUUCUCUAACCCAAGCCUGGCUCCAGCAGAUCACAAAGAGCCAAAGAAACCGGCAAGUGUCCACGCGCUCCAGGCCAGCGAGCUGGUUGUCACUUACUUUUUCUGCGGAGAAGAAAUCCCAUACAGGAGGGUGCUGAAGGCUCAGAGCUUGACCCUGGGCCACUUCAAGGAACAGCUCAGCAAAAAGGGAAAUUAUAGGUAUUACUUCAAAAAAGCGAGUGAUGAGUUUGCCUGUGGAGCGGUUUUCGAGGAGAUCUGGGACGAUGAAACGGUGCUCCCCAUGUACGAAGGCAGGAUCCUGGGUAAAGUGGAGAGGAUCGAUUGAGCCUCGGCCUCUGUACACCAUGGACCCGAAGCUCAGAGACCUGUCUCAGACCUGUGCGGCAGCCACAAAGUAUUUUGAAGGAAAAUGAAACCAAUUAAGAAGACAAAGUCUAGGGAGGAACUGGCCCCUGGGCCUUCAGGAGGGCGGGGUGGUUGCUUUUUAGUAUCUAUGAGCUAGGUACUGAGAUCAGAAAAACCUGAACUAUUUAUUCAAAACAUGACCACUCUGGGCUAUUGAAGAGGCUGUGUUUGAGAGACUGCCAUACAUAAUAUAUGACUUCCUAGGGAUCUGAAAUUCAUAGACUAAGAGAAAACUCUGUAUAGCUUGCCCAAACAGGAGUCCUUAUUGAUAUUUAUUGAACAGUCAAUUCCCCUACCCCCCAGUGUAUGCUGCUUUAAACACGGAAGUGGGAAAGAGAAGUUUGGAUUGCUGUCUACACUUAGGAGCCGAGCUGGGAGUGCAUUAACCAUUUCUUCGUUAACAGAGGACUCUGCUCUGCAUGACAUUUCUCCAAGUGAAGACAGGCUUCUUAAAAAAAAAUGGUGCCCACAUACAGACAUCGGUGCCACCCCCACCCCACCCCAGCCAUGCUGCUCUGCUUGUCACAGAAGUCUUGAGGGUCGAUUGUGACAGCAUUUUCACCACUGUGGGAAUGUCAUGUUGGGUGGGGGCCAUCCAGAGUGGAGGAGCGGGGAGCCUUCACCCCGGGGCCAGAGGGUGUACGUACCAUCUGCGCAGUUUACCCUCACUGAGUCCUGGAAGCCCGGUGGCUGAGCCUGCCACCCUUCACAGCCCUGCUGUUCAAGCUUGUGAUGUUUUAGGAAGUGAGAGUUUCUUUUCAUUUUUAAGUCCGUCUCUGGACCAUGGCCAUCAGGAAAUCCACCCUUGCCCACCUGACCCUGCGAGGACACGGGCGCCGAGCAGCACCUCUCCUCCUUUACCUUCCCCUUGGCGCUCGGGUCUGUGUUACGUUAACCUGUACGUCCUGUUUGCCAUCCUUACUGUACUAUAGGCCUGUGUAUAGUGUAGGGCAGAGUGUUAACCCACUGGCUAGUGCUUGACUUGGGAAUCGGUACAGUACCUGUACAGGCACGGGGACCCACUCCGUGCACGCCCUAUAUUCAGGGCUCAAGCUCUCCCUUGGUUUUUGAAAGGGGUUUAUGUAUAAAUAUAUUUUAUGCCUUUUUAUUACAAGUCUUGUUACUCAGUGACUUUUGUCAUGGCAUUUUGUUCCACUUAGACUAAAUUAUGCAUUAUAAAGAGUUCAUUUAAAGAAAAUUACUUGGUACAAUAAUUAUUGUAAUUAAGAGAUGUAGCCUUUAUUAAAAUUUUAUAUUUUUCAAA